AUGACUACACCCAUAACUACAAAGUCCGGGCGCUACUUGUACACCACCUACAGGCGCCAAAUCAGCCCCCUCGUCUACUGGGUUUUGCAAACAUCCACCGCUCUCGUCUGGUCUCUGCCAUCAUCAUAUCCAGACGCCCCAGACGUGCCUCUCGGCGACCCGCACAUCACUCUAUCAAACCUCGUUGCCCUCUCCAAGUUCAUCGGCAAGCAUGUUGAUCCCGGUGAUGUUCCUACCGCCAUCCUGGGCUUGUUUCUCCUCGUCACCGGCGCGGUAUUCGAUUCCCAGGCCGCUUUGCAACGUAUCGCAACCAAGAAAACACACCCUGAUGUCGAAAAUGGCAUUGCUUCCCUCGAGAGAUUCGCCGAAGCCCUAGGAGAAUGUUACGUUGCUCUCGGCGGGUGGGAUUGGGCCCUCCAUGAUUAUACCCCGUUAGACAGCUUGUCUCGCUAUCUUCCCUUGACCAAGGGAAAUGUCGACUGUCUGGUGAUCAAGGACUUUGUCGCACUCGAUCCCCCUGAAGCUUCUGAGGCCGACCAAGACUCGGAGCAAGAGACGUCUCAGCAAGCCGGCCCUCGGCUUGGGCACCAGCGGAAGCAAGCCAGACCCGGCAAAGGCAAAAGGGGCAGGCGUAGGAAAGAUAAAGAUACAGCAAAGCCCAAGGCCAAGGACAUCGACAAGGGACCUCUCCCUGACGUGCUCAGCAAUAGACUACUGGAUAGCUUUGAUGUCACCCUGGAUCAGCAUGGUAUGACUACCGGUUAUAUCAUAGCUGCCUACGACCUGAUCAAAGACUGUGUUGAAUUGAGAGCAUAUCUCCAGGACCUGUGGUACGAGGUUGCCUAUGAAGGGCUCCACAGCGCGGUAGCGGGUGCCCUAUCCAACACCGCCCUGAACUUGGUCCAAGGUUGUGAAGACGUCUUGUCGGCAAAUUUCCCUGACAAACAGACUUUUCACAGCGUUAUAAGCACCGUGUCUUCCGUCCUCGGGUUCGGCGCUGAGCGAGAGGUCACUGGAGCCAACAAAGGAGACACGGAUCUCAUGGAUGCCAAGGAGAUGCUUCUACUGCAUACCUACCACGAUCUUUUUGAUUUUAUCACUGAUUACCAGAAGAAUGACAACGGCAAACCAACAAAACGGAUGAUGAAGGAAAUCAAUAACUGGAAUCCUGAUUUUGACCUCCGACGUGCCACCAUGGCAGAACGUCUCAAAUGGCGUCGUGCAUAUACCAUCAACUGGCUAUAUGACCUGGUCAAUGUCUUGUCUAACAGAAUGGCCCAGGUAACAGAGGUCAGUGCAAAAAGGCCUGGAGGAGGGAUAUCGCGUAAAGAAGCACAAAGUGCCAGAGUGUUGGGGCUCACGUCGUUUGCCUUUCUUAUCAGUCUUCUCGCUACCUCGGACGGCAAAGUUGGCGUUCGCGAGCGGAUUCUACCUCAUCAUGUCUUUCAGCUGCAGUGCAUCGUCGAUUCACUUACCGUGACAAAAGGGUGGAAACAUGAUCUACCCAAGGGCCACGUUUUUAUUGCACCUCCGCCCGCCGACAAAUUCCGGCCAAUGCGCGAUGUCGACCUUUUUCUACACGGCAUCGAUGACGCACGGCCAGGCAUCCUCACUGGAUUUGAGCGUCUGGAAGCCUUGCUGAGGAUUGAGGCCAAUCUGCGUCCAACAAGCAAGAAGAAUCCGCAAUUCCGGGAGAUACUUGAGGCUGUCCGCGAGGUAUGUACUCAGUUUCUCGGAAAACACCCAGCCCUGGGGAACAGGUCUCGAUUUUCCACCACAGAUUCAAACGCGUUGUGGCACUAUUCGCCCUAUCUUUGCGGUGCCGGCCUUGCAGAAGCUCUGGACGCGCAGUUUGUCGCCAUUCUGUAUGUCUGGGGGCAUCAGAUGGAGCCUGUGAUGCUAAUGCAUUUGUACAAUUUCCUCCGACAAGAAGGAUACCUCGAAAAGCCCGUUGAUUUGUUCGAGAGCUUACAGCGACUCUUCCCAACUAGCUUCUUUCCGAAUGGAGAGAUCCCUGUUUCAGACCAUGGUAACGCCCUAGCCGACUUUCUAAUCGACCUCGAGAACAAAGACUCGAGGAAGAAAGGAAAGUGGAGAACCGUGAGUGGUUCGGGAGUUCCUGUUCAUCUUACAAUCCCAUAUGAGUCUGUGUUGGUCCUCCUACGCGAAAAAUCAUGGAACAUUUACCGGGUCCCUGAUGAUCACGUCGCUCUGUCUUCACUUCUUGCGAAGCUUCGUAUUGCUCAAACCGAGCAUAUCACGGAUCAUGUCACCGGGAAAAGACGUCUGAAGAAGACAACCCUCGUUAAGCGGGCCAAGGCCGCACUUGUCACCGAAGGCCUCGCGGAAGACCUUGCCGAAGAGAAGUUGUUAGCCCUGGCGGAUGCGCUGGAGGAAUUUGACUGUAUGCAAGAGCAGCAAGCAGAGGAUGCCCACGACACGCCGCAAGAAAUCCGAAACUGUGAGUGGUUGGACAUUCUAAAGGUCGAUCUCACAGCCGACGUCGAUGGCGACCAUCCAACAUGCGGCCUCAAUCUAGCCAAGAUCACGUGGCGCAUGAUCAAUAUUUUCGGCUGUAUCGAGGAGGAGUUGCGCAGAUUGGGCAACAAGACUUAUCUUAACUUUUGCAAUGACAAGGGCCAGUAUGAUAGCAGCAAAUACGUGUAUAAAGAGACAGACGCACGCACGCUCCUGGUUCCGAUGGCCAUGGUCAACAAAGACGUGCAAUUUCUUGAGGUUGUCGCAAAGACUCUCGCAGAGGAGUUCACGACGUUGUCGGAUUCGAUCUAUUGGCGUGAGCUCAAGUCAGGCACCGGGCGAUCAACAUCACCACGGCAGACAGGUCAUGAAGCUACCGCCGAUGCUAGUGCCAGUACCGGCGACGAGAAUGCCGUUCAUGUGGAUCAAUGCGUGGUUAUCAAGGGUGUGGCUACUGAAGAUGGCACCAUGUUGAUCUGA